GCCCCACACCUUGCUCAGUUUUGACUGUAGCCCCUGUAACUCCAGAUGCCUCGUUCAGUCCCCAGUUUCCUGGGGGUUCCCCUGGGGGUUACGGAGAGUGGCAGUUUGCAGGCUGCUUUCCUAGCACCUAAUGUGUGCUAAAAGGGUUUGCAGAAUGGCUGCCAGCCAGCACUUGCGGGCUUGGCCAAGGGCAGAGAUUGAGGAGAAAGGAAAAGAUUAAUUCAGCAAAUACUGCUGUGCCAUGCUUAAGGGGCCAGAAGAGGCCUGGGAAGCCACGGCCAUCUUUUUGUAUCUAUCUGCUCUGCUAACUGGUGGAUGGUUGAGGCAUCCAGCUGCUCGGUGACAAAGCUGCCCAGGACAAAGGGGUGGCCAGCUGGUGGCACUGGAUUGCCCCACAGGCAGCUGCCAGCCCUGUGCAGAGCUUGGGAGCUGGAAACUGCUGGGUGCGUUGGCCUCAAGGGGGUGACAGGAGCAUUUCUACCUAAAUUGUUCUUGAGGGAUUCUGGGGCUGCAGGGGUCACAGCCUUCUUGCCUCAGCACCUGAACUAGGGAAUGUACCCUACACACACACAUCCCUGAUAGCCCCCUGCAACUGGGGACCACAGUGCUUUGGCAGUGUGGGGGGUCUGUGUUGCCACCCCAGCUGGCAGCAGUGCCCUGUGAUGCAGCAGCAGCCAUGUGGGAAAGCCGUGAGCAAGGGACUGUGCUCCCUUCAUCUGGGCUUUUAGCAGCAGAAGAUGCUAAGACCGCAAAGCCUGGAAAGUGUUGGGAGGAUUUGCUCCUGGGGAGAGGAAGGUGCUGACAUGAAGGGGUUGGCUCUUGGAGGGGGUGAGAGGGAGGCAAAGCGUGGUGGUGAGGGACAGGAAAGCAGCCCUGGAGCUGCGGCUGCCUGGCGGGAUGUGCACCCAUGCAGGGAGGGCUGCGAGCAGCUGGCAUCACCCAGGCAGGACCAGGCAGCCCAGGACCAGAAGCUCAGGCAGGGGGAGGGGGUAGGCAGCCAGGCAGGGGUGGGGGGCCUGCCUCCUGCCCAACCCCACCCGUGUCCCAGGGCUGCCCCGGGUGGUUCCUCUGUGACCUCAUCGUGGAGCUGGUGCCAGGGCAUGCCAUGGGGGGCUGGCUCCUGCUGCUCACCCUGCUGCUGGGGGCUGCCCUCCCGCGGCCCCUGCGCCAGAGGGUCAGCUACUCGGUCCCUGAGGAUUUCUCUGCUCUCCUGGAGCUUCCACAGCAGCACUUUGGCCUGGUGGAUGAUUACGGCAUCAAACCCAAGCAGCCUCGCUUCAGGAGCCGGGUGGCCCAGGAGCGGCGGGCAGGGCUGCGCAGAGCUGGCAAAAGCAAGCGCGACGAGCUUGACUUGCUGGAGUACUACUACAAUGCCCGGCUGUGAGCCAGCGUGCCCCUCUGCCCACCACUGCUGCAGGACAGGGUAGGGGUGGCAUGUAGGAAUUGGGGGUGUGUGUGUAUAAGGGUAAGCCCUGCUUUGGGUGGGGACCAGGGGAGAUGACCUCCAGAGGUGUCUUCUGAGCAUCAUACAACAAUCUCUGGCCUCCAGGGAUUGCGGCCAGGGUUCUCAGACCAAACCUGAGAAGCUCCAGCUCCUCUCAGGGUCCCAAGGGAAGGAAUGAGCCAGGGCCCAAACUCACUGUGGUGGGACACAAACAGCACGGCAACCCUGCUCCAUGAACCAUCAUAUUUAAUAGUUGUUGCCAUCACAGCAGAUCCAGCUGAAGCACAGAGAUCGCUGGCUGCAGGGAUGGGAGAGCUCUUCUACCUCCCUGGUGCUUUGCAUGGCUCCCUGUAGGCUUUAGCCCUUCCCCGCCUUGCUUCUGGCAGGGACCCAGCUCUGUGCAGGGGCUGA